AUGUUCGAUGAGAUCAACACACAUUUGUUUGUGGAAAAAAAACCCAUUACUUACAAGUAUCUUGCACGAUGGAAGGAUCUGUCGUCGAACAAGGCCAAACAGGUGCUUCAGGAGUUCUAUGAUCAAUUUAAACACGAAAAGCCAGACUUGAGCAGCUACUACACGGUGACGGGCCGUGCUGGGAAUAUGCGCUAUGUGAAGAUCGUUUCUGGGCAGGACAUUGAGAUUGGCAAGGCAGAGCUUGAGAAGAUAGACUCUGUCUCAAUUUACAGUCUCAAUAUGGGAAAAGCCGCGCUGGACACUGUGGUUGCAAUCAACACGACAAUAGAUAAAGAGUAUACGCCAGAGAACUGUGUGAAAUGGGGCGUGAUCCAGACAGCCACCGCACAAAAGAUUGAAAAGAAGCAGGAACGCGAGACAUUGGCCCGGCCUGUGCAGCGCAAUGCCAUGAGUGAACCUCUCAAAACAGAAGCCAAGCAGCAGGAAGCCAAACCAGCAGCCAAAGACAUAAGCGCCAGCAGGCUGAGCUCGCUUUAUACCUCGAGAAAAAAGGCUCCUGAGACGAAACAGCAGGCUAAACGAACCUUGGAUAAGCCAAAACAGUCCACAGAGCCGCCGAAGAAGAAAACCAAGAGCGAAGUCAAGUCGAAGCUCACUAAGCUAUUCGAAAACAGCGACGACGAUAUGGAUUUCUCUGAGGAAGAACCAACUGAUGAGCCCUUGGACGUUGAUAAUCCCGCAGAGACAGAAACUGCCGAGCAGCAGAAGCCAGCGAAAAAGGCAGAUAAACCAGCCGAGGAAGAGAUAUCAGAGCCUGCUACAGAGCAGGUCGAGGAGAAAGACGCCCCGUCAGAACCCGUCUACGAUGAGGAUGGAUAUUUGGUGACCACCAAACAGCAGCCGACAAAGCGGUCGGCUACACACCCUCCCGCAAAGAAAGGACACACAAUCUCGAAGAAUACGGAAAAGGGAAACACCAAGAAGCAGGUUUCGCUAAUGUCAUUUUUUGGUAAGAAAAAAUAA